UUUGCUGACAGUCUCUUGCGCUUGAUGGCCAAUAUCUGAAAAUCACCUGCAAAAAAAUGGAUCUGCAAACUACCUAGACGAAAGUAUGACUGAAAAGUCCAGAACAAUAAACCAGUGGUAUGUCUCUUUUGAGAAAGGAAAGGAUUUUGAUUCUUGGGGCCAGCUGGUGGAAGCCGCCGAGGAGUAUUCAAGACUCGCUAGAGACUUGAAAAAACAUUGUGCUCUGGGAAACAAGAUGUUUCAAGAGGAACAGAAGAAACUGAUGCUUAAAAUGUCAGCCUGUUUUGAGAAGAGAAGCAAAAUAUUACUAUCCACUCAGGCUAGAGAUGAUGAGAUCUCAUUUGAUGAUAUCAAGAAAGUUGGUGAAGUGUUGAGAAACUUAAAUGUAGGUUGGAAUGGUCCUUUUCCAGUCAGGAUCGAAGAGCCUAAAACAAGUGAUACUGAUGUAACAGAAUAUGGAGAUGAAAAUGGAACUGAGCAUGUUUCUUCAGUUGCUGAAGGAGGGUCUUUGUUGCCGCGUAUCCCAUUCGAAGAAGGAUAUCAUCGACUUGUUGUACGAAUCAACCAGAUUGGACUGAAGGAUGCCCAUGUGUACAUUAAUCCAUUUUUUACUGUUUCUGUGAAAGAUGCCAAUGGUGUGAAUGUAACCCCAGCUCAAGAUACACCCACUUCAAACAGAGUUAAUGGAAAGUUUAUCAACUUUGAUACUGAUGUAGAAAUUCAAAAGCCUAUAGAGAAACUUCCAAGAGGUACCGCAAUAUUCUUCGAGUUUAAACAUUACAAACCGAAAAAGGAUAUUGUGAGCACAAGGUGCUUUGCUUUCAUGGAACAGGACGAGUUUAAACCUGGUCCUGCCUGUAUCGAACUCUAUCAGAAACCAACGGAUUUUAAUCGCAAGAGGUUAAAUCUAUAUACACAAAAACCGCUUUAUCUUCACCUAACACUCAAUGUCCUUGAUGACUGAUAUCAGACAAUAGAUAGCAUGCGAGUAAGCCCUUAUUAUUAUCCAACAGCACAAAGUAAAGUACAAAUAUCUUGCGAUAUUGUACGGUCAUUUGGACAGUUGGUUAUUUUGUACUGCAAAAAGACGCUUCUCUAUUCACUUUGCUUUUCCCGCCAUAUAAGAAAUGAGCAGAAAAACUUGGCAGAACAAAAAGCAGUUGAAUAAUAAAUAACUUAUUAGGCGUUUUGGUGUGUUGUAUCGCUGAGUAUCGUUACUCGUGGUUUGGGAUUUAACUCGCCCUACGGGCUCGAUAAAAUACGGCAUAACUCGUAAAAUACUCUGUGAUACUACACACCAAAACGUCUAAUCAAAUAUAUUUAUUGGCGCUUAAGCACAAGCAUUUUUUUGCCCGCGUGAAGUAUUGAAGCGUUGAGAAAAGCGAGCCAGGGAGGAGUCUGCAAGGGGUCUGGCACUCAUAAUACCUCGUACCAGACCUCUUGCCGACUUCUCGCCUUACUCUGGGCCUCAAACGGGUGACGAACGCUUGUGCCAAAGCCCUAACAAUGACGACCUGCUCGUGGGCUAGACAAAGAUGAUUUAUUUCAUUUGUUGAAACACGAGCAAGGAGUCAAAGGAUUCAAUAUCUUUCUACUGAAUCAUACACAUAUACUAUUAAAAUUUUUAAGCGCAAUCCUGAUGCUAACCAAAACUAUCCAAGAGUUUUUACAAGGGGAAGGAAUCAAGCUAUUUUUUAUUACAAAGUGUGAGUAGGGUUUUUUUUUCUUUCAUUGAUAACGGAUUUUCGCAGAGAAUUAUUUUCAAAGUGGCUGUGAGCUACUGAAGCAAAAAUUGAUAUUUGUUUCAAGUAUCUAUCGAUGAGGGAUUUAAAAUACUCCUUGUCUUGGAAAUUGCGUACCAUUUGUAUUACGGUGUAUCAGUAUCAUAAUUAAUUACAACACUAAAAUAUAACUAGUUUACCACGAUACAAAAAAUCAUUACCUGCCAGCGAAUUCUAAAGAAAUGUAUUAGUUUUACAGUGUUCGCCAAGGCCGGGUUGUUUAAAGCUGGGUUAAGAUAACCCCGGGUUAGCGUCAAACCUGAUUUAGAUCUGAAAGCUUUAGAAGAAAAUUCAGUCGAAUUCCUUUUUGUCUAGAAUAUGGCUCUUUGAUGCUCUUAUAAGAACACAGAAAAUUAUCCUAAAAAGGCUUCUGAAUAAAGGAAUAAAGAAACCUAGAUUAAAAUUUAACUUUGGGUUAGCGCUUAUCAACAUAUUUCUUUAAAAUCCGCUGGCUCUGUAAUGAGUUUUUGUAUCGUGGGAACUAGUUAUAUGUAGCUAUUUUAAAGAAAUAUGUUAGUUUUACAGUGUUCGCCAGAAGAAUUGAAUUUGCCCUUAUAUCAAAGUCUUUGCGAGAUAAAAAGCAAACUUAGUUUGAAAACAGCGAAUUCCACAAGCACAGGACGAAAUUGCAAGAAUCCGUAAACGGAAACGUGGCGGAAACAUGCAACUCCAUGUUUCCGUUAUGUUUACGUAAAAGUGGUCCGGUUCCGUUGUAUACGCAACAACGGAAACGCGAGAAAACGUCACGAAACCGGUAACGGAAACACAGGUUAUCCGUCUUGUUUCCGGAACGGUUUAACAUGUUUCUGCCACGUUUCCGUUUACGGAUUCUUGCAAUUUCGUCCUGUGAAGGAUUAUGAAUUAUUAGAGAAGAGGGUUCAAUAUUCAUUUCUCCCUAGACCUAGAAUGUCAAAAUUAUUAUUAUAGGUUUCAUAAGAGACUGAUGUGCUAAGUAAGUGGAACAUAUUAUAAGCUAGAAAUUGACGAAACAAAUCCUUUGCUUCUCACAGGCUGGUACUUCAACGUGAAUUAGUUACAAGUUUUUACACCGUUAAAAUAUAGCGCAAGUUCUUAGUUUGGGAAGAAACGUCUUGUUCGACAUUGGAAAAGGAAAUGUUUUAAUGUUUUUAACAUUUUAAGGGCAAUUUAUUUGGUAGUGAAUGUCAGAGAAAAACGGUAAAAAUCACGUAUAUUUCCUUAUUAUCUUAAACGUAACUUAGAUUUAGAAACUAUUUAGUAGAUCGAUUUAUUUUAAAAAUUGUAGUUGAAAUCUAUAAUUGUAGAUGUCGAUGUAUUUAGUUAGGAAAGUUUAUUUGUUGGAAGAGCUCUUUUCAUCGUAUAUCAUAAUUAGGGUUCUUAUCAUUAUCAUUAGAGACAUUUUCGAUUGAGAGUCGAAAGUAAUCCAAGAUUGCAUCGGUUUAACUCUACUUCGUUCUGUAAUUGGUCCAGAAGGCUCGUGUCACUUUUUCAACCAAUGAGAUGCAAAAGUAACACCAAUCAUGACUUGGCCGCCCGCGUUUUCCCGCGCUUUAGGCAGUUUGGUUGUUUUUACCUCGAGUUCGCAGCGGCUUGUAAAGAUCUUUUCCUUUCUUCUGAUUGAUUGUUGUGAUUCCUUUUGUUUUGCUUUAACGACACGCAAUCAAAGAGCACUCGAUUGAAAAAUAAAAGUUAGAAAGUGAGAAUCACUCCUAGACUGGUCAUUCUGUUUGUCAAACUUUUCAUUUAGCUUACGCCUGCAACUGAUUCAGUUUUCGUCCUUUGAUAACAUUGUAUGCUUGGCAAUUACUAAAGGACAAGACCAAAAAGACAGAGUCUAAGUUCUUGGGGUGUUAGUCAGGACUUAAGGCAAAAUUCGUUUUUCAUCAACGAGUCCUAUCGAUUAGCUUUUAUCUGAUAGAGAUUCCUCUGUGAAAACUUUCUUCAAUCGUAUCAAAUUGAUCAGAAAGGUCUUUCGAGGAACAUUGCAAUUUCUCUUUUCAACCAUUUAAAGCCACAAAACGUGCACAUGAGGUUUUAGAAUUUAAUAACCACCAUUAACGCAAUCUUGUUAGCCCUAAAUUUCCAUCAUGACAAAAUCGAGUACCGUUUCUUCAUUAAUUGUUAACAAAUUGAAUAUCUCAGUGACAGGUUUUAAGGAAUCACUUUUUGAGGGUUUGAGGA